UCUAUGCCAGCGACAGCUAAACUUCGCGCUUCACGUCGAAGACCACCACGUGCUUCCCGUGCCUGCGAGACUUGUCGCGUUCGAAAGACCAAGUGUGAUCAAGCUCAACCAUGUUCCUACUGUGCUUAUCAUUCUCUCAACUGCACAUACAGAAAUAUAGGCACAAAUGAGAGCCUAUCUACUAUGGAAAAGCGAUCAGCUCAAAUAUGCGAGGUUCAAAGAGCAAAAGGUCGACCCUCACCCUGGCCUGAGAUCAACCAUAAUUCUCCGCAACAUCUACGACGUAGCCACUCUCCAGAGAGACAUCCUCGGGAUGUACCUGCAAGAUCUCGUGUUCCACGAUAUAGCACAGCUAUCAACGCUAGCUCACCUUUAGGCUCUGUAACCAGGCAUGAUGUUGAUGACAGAAUUGACUCUCCAGAGCUAUGCGAUUCUACGUCUAGGAAUGGUCUGAGUGGUGUAAAUCUUCACACUAAAGGUACCGAAUUUUACGGCACUUCUUCAAACUUCGCAUUUCUCGAAAAUUUAUACGCACGCGCAUACAGCCCAGGAAUGGCACGCCUUCCCAAUGCACCUGAGAAUGGUGCGUCGUCCCUAACUACAGCAAAAUACCCCAUACAAGACUUGACACUGGACCAAAAUAUCCAAGCUACCCCCAAUCCUCCUACGGAGACUCAAGCUGAAAGGUCAAAGUCCGCCACCAACAAAACCCAGUUAUCCAUUGUCAAUUUACUUUACAAUCCAAACUAUCGCAGCCACUCUCCUCCUCAAAUAAGUGGCAAGGCCGACGAAGGCCAAAUCAGGAGCGGGCCCCAGAAUUCCCCUCGGAAUUUUGCUGAUGAGAACAACUUAACAUCAGUGAUCGGGAAGCUUUCCAAUGAAGCCCAGGUUGAGAUUGAAAAAAUAUUCGUUAACAGCUACUUCUCAAAUAAACACUACAUCCAUCCUAUGCUGUGCAAGAACUCAUUUAUGCAGCGCUGCGAGCAGCAGGCUUUUAUCCCCGCCAAACGUCUUGCAUUUUGCCGCGGAUCGAGCGCGUUUUCGGGGCUCUACUUUGCUGUAGUCGCCUUGGGGGCUAUAAAUGCUAGCCCUAAUGAGACAGCACUCUUGGGUUAUUAUUGCAACUCUUUGCCAGACAGCACAAAGCGCAAUAAUGUUACCAAGCCCUCACCGUUGGAUUUUGCCGACUUUUACUUUGCAAUUGCGAAGAAGGCCCUUGGGGACAUUUUCGAGAGUUGCUCCUUGGAGAGCGUGCAGGCUCUAUUACUCUUGAGUGUCUUUUGUCAAAACGCGUUACGACCACAUAGCUGCUAUAUGUAUAGUGGGAUGGCUGUUAGAACGGCUGUGGCAGUUGGACUCGCAUCAGGGAUCACCUCUCUGCCGCCUACUGUUCGCCAGGAAGGCAUACGAACGUGGUGGUGUAUAUAUUCACAUGAAGUGGAGAUGUGCUGCUCGUCAGGUAGACUGGACAGCGUGAAGGAACUUUCUUACUAUCAAGUUCCACUUCCGACGAUUCAGGGGAGCUAUGUAAGUUUUCAGAGCUCGGAUCUGGACGGAGAUGGUGUUGCUAUGGUCCCUGUAAUGGUGUCUUUGGCGCGCAUUAUGUCCGAGGCGUCUCAUCUCCUAUAUCAUUCUCCAAAACGCUCUACAAGUGAAAUGUCACAAACUGCUAUGAAACUCGAAGGCGAAUUACUCAAAUGGAAAUCCGACCUGCCUGGUUUUCUAGACAUAGACGCCACUUCACUAAAUGAUCCUGAAUGGGCUUUUAAGCAGAAACUGGUGUUAAGAUUGAGAUUUUACAACACGCGAAUACUUAUACAUCGCCCUUUUGUCGCUGCAUCAACGUCUAGCGCCAAUUCACCUAUCCUCCUACAACAUCUUCAUACUUGCCUGGAAGCUGCAAAGGCAACCAUACAAAUGCAGUAUGAAGCCUUUUUGCAUAGAACAUAUAUUCGAACAUGGUGGUACAACACGACGUACGCUUUGUAUGCUGCCAUGAUUUUGCUACAUGUAGUUCUCUCUGGGUAUCCUGGCAUUCAGGAUGAAGACCUGUUGUCUGGUGUCGAGAAGAGUCUCGACAUCUUUGGGUCAAUGAACAAUAUCAUAGUCGCACGCCGUUGUUCGGAGAUGAUACGGGAAGUGCUUGAGCUUGCUAGGCUAUGUGCUUCCAGGCGCCGAACCCAGUCGAAGUCGACUGGUCCCACGCUAGCUCCGACGUUAAACCCAGCAAUUGGCGUUCAAUCCUACGACCCAAGUGCAAACGACACCAGGCCAGAUGCGACCAAUGUUCCUCCCUCUGGGGUCGAUGGCAACUUUUUCUUCUCUCUCUUCAAUCUCGAUUUUCAACCAGACACCCGGGCCAACAUGCUCGCUAACCUGGUUGAUCCUACCAUUCUGGAGAACUUUGCUUUUGGAAACGGAUGGAACGAUUUUUCAUUCCUGCUUGACCCUUAAUGCCUACCAUUUAUCAAUACAUCAAGACCACAUCAAGCCUACAUCAAUAUGAUAGAUACCCUUGUAUUAACUACAAUGGGGCCCCCAAAAGACAGCUGGAUCCGAUGCUUUGGAUAUGGGUACCCGACGGUCUGACCUGUAAAACCCGGAUAACAAUUUAGGAGUGGUACCCCUAGAUUAUAGCUCCUGAAAUGAACCAUAUAGAUAAUAAUAAGGGCGUAAAGCUGAUAUCCCUAUAUUUAGCAUAAUUUUGAACUUUUGG